AUGGACGAUCAGAAGUCGAACUUUCAAAAUAAAACACACUCUCUCUCUUCAAACUUACAAAAUCAAAUGGCUCGAGGACACCAAAAAGAAUUAGCACGACAACGUAAUGAAAAAAAUGGUGCUGGCAACAAACCAACAACACAAAAAGGCACUGCUGCUGCUGGCUUAACUUAUCAAUGUCCGGUCUGCAAAUCUCAAAUGGGUGAUCCAAAGACCUACAAACAACAUUUUGAAAGUAAACAUCCGAAAAAUGAACUGCCAGCUGAGUUGAAGGAUGUUUAA